ACAUGGAAUUCAACCCAUCAGAUCAUCCACGGGCCAGUACGAUAUUUCUCAGUAAAUCGCAAACAGAUGUGAGAGAAAAACGCAAGAGUCUCUAUAUAAACCACCAUCCUCCUGGGCAGUUGAGAAGGAAGUACAGUUCCUGCUCCACUAUUUUCCUGGAUGACAGCACAGUCAGUCAACCAAACCUCAAGUACACCAUCAAAUGUGUAGCUCUUGCAAUAUAUUACCACAUCAAAAACAGGGACACAGACGGAAGAAUGCUCUUAGAUAUUUUUGAUGAAAACCUUCAUCCCCUUUCGAAAUCCGAAGUGCCACCAGACUAUGACAAACAUGACCCGGAGCAGAAACAGAUUUACCGCUUUGUUCGGACGUUGUUCAGUGCUGCUCAACUGACUGCUGAAUGUGCCAUUGUCACCCUG